GUGAUACUGCACCCACCGUAGAGAGAGUCUGCAAACCAGCUUUGGCAAAAGAUGCCGUAAAGAUUGACAGAAAAAAUGACUGGAAAGGAGGUGAAGUUGUUCUUAACUGCCUAUCGGGACGUUUGACGAGGACCUUUGGGAUAUAUUUGCUCAGGUUGGCUUAAUUACAGAGGCAAUUGUGGAGCCAUGCGUUAUCGGAAAGCUGGAUGAAACUUGCAGGUGUUUUCCGACAGGCGUCGCACAGACAGGCUGCUGUUUCUUGGGGGGAAUACAUCCUGCCUUGUUUAGUUAAAUCUGCCUUCUGUGUCUGCCUUGAGAUCUGGAUUUCACACCAGUUUGCCUGUAUGGGGAUGGUUUUUUCUUGGUUCUUGAAGUGACAUGAAACUGGAUUGCGUUUAUCAAACAGCAAGAUGAUCAUCAAAGUCUCCAAUUUUCAUUUUCUUUCUGUCCAAGGAUCAGAAUCUAAAACAUAAAACACGUCAACGUCUUUCUAUGUAUAGAACAAGUUGUUCUUGAAGAAAUGUUUACAAGCAUGCAUCAUUCAACUUGCACAGGCAUAUGAGAUACCAGGAUGUCAUGCUUAUUUAUUCCUCGAACUGUUGCUGGAUCUCCAUAUUGGCAGUUUAAGGAUUUAAAAUAAUGCUUGAUCAGCAUAUGCGGACUGAAUCUAAUCCAAGACAAGCCAUGUACUGGAUAGCCUUUCUAAUUUGAUGUAUAUGGCCCUUUGGGGCAAAAACUAGUGGUUAGAUUUAGUUUAGUUAGUCACUGCGCCUUUAAUGUUUGUCAGGACUGUAUGGGUUAUGUUAUGGACAGCGUGACUGAAUUAGGUUUAUGUAGUUAAACACCAAAGGCAUUUAAGGAGUCGGUGGUUGCGCGAAUAUUCCAGCUAAAUAAUCCUCAGAGAGCUCAAUACCGAGAACACAUUCAGACACUGGAGAGCAUUUCUUAUGGACUCAUCCACACCAAGGUGCACUCGAUCACACUCCACUCUUUCUAUCGGAUUAUGGAUUUAUUUCUCAUGUGCGACAAUCAUGCGCUCAGCAUGUGUUUUCUUCUGCAAGAUGUUUCGGCGCGUGUCUCUUCCUGUUUAACUUGACAAUUACAAGCAACGACCCCGAGAGCUGCCAUUCUAUUCGCUUUUACAUCUACAUCAACGGACCGAGCAGGAAUUUGUUGCUUUAGCAGGUGACACUUUCUCAAAGACACUGACAGCAGAUGAGGGUGAAACUUUUGUGUUGCUGUUUCCAUGCGUGACAAUCCCACAAGGACAUAAAGGAGUAAUUAUGCCCUUAAGAAAACGAGACACAGCCAGGGCAGUAAGCCUCCUGGAGGACUACUGCUCCAAACUGAAGAAACCAGAGGAACAACAGCUCAAAACUGCCAUCUUAAGAGUCAUGGGCAUUUUCAAAAGCAGUCUUUUCCAGGCUCUCAUAGAUAUCCAGGAGUUUUAUGAAGUGACCCUGCUGAACUCUCAGAAGAGCUGUGAUCAGAAGCUGGUGGAGGUGAAUCACAUGGCUGAGCAGUGGGAACACACUGCCACCAACUCAACCUCACCCACAGAGGGUCCGCAGCCAGCCUCCACACCACCAGAGCUGAGAGAAGAGAGUCACAUGGAGCUGACAGUAGAAGAGCCUGCUGCAGGAAGCACAAAUACAGAGAACAGGCCUCCGGCAGUACAGGGCUCCCAGCACCAAAGCCACUCUCCAGCAUGUAUGAACCCAGCCCUGAUGAGCUCCCCCUGGUAUCGGUAUCAGGAUGAUGAUUCCCCUCCUCCAGAACACAGCUUCCCGCGGCUCACCAAUGAAGUUCGAGCGCCGGAGCUGGUGCACAUAUCAGAGAAGAACCUCUCAGAAAUUGAGAAUGUGCAUGGCUACGUUUCCCACUCUCAUAUUUCACCACUUAAGCCUGCGCUGGUUACCCGGUUUGAUCUAACAUACCCGGGGGUGACCGCAGCAAACUACCUGGCAAGUCCUGCCCCAAUUAUUGUCAACACGGACACUUUGGAAUCUGUACCAUACGUAAAUGGGACAGAAAUUGAAUAUGAAUUUGAAGAGAUUACAUUAGAGCGGGGUAACUCAGGGUUGGGGUUUAGUAUAGCAGGUGGUACAGAUAACCCUCACAUCGGUGAUGAUCCUGGGAUCUUCAUCACAAAGAUCAUCCCUGGAGGAGCGGCAGCUGAAGAUGGCAGACUCAGAGUGAAUGACUGUAUUUUGCGUGUAAACGACGCAGAUGUCUCGGAGGUGUCUCACAGUAAGGCGGUGGAGGCUCUGAAAGCGGCCGGAUCGAUUGUGAGGCUCUAUGUGCGCAGGAGGAGACCAAUGCUGGAAACCGUCACCGAAAUCAAACUUAUAAAAGGACCAAAAGGGCUCGGCUUCAGUAUUGCAGGUGGUGUGGGAAACCAGCACAUCCCGGGUGAUAACAGCAUUUAUGUCACUAAAAUCAUUGAUGGGGGAGCUGCGCAGAAGGAUGGACGGUUACAAGUUGGAGACAGACUGCUUAUGGUGAAUAACUACACUCUAGAAGAGGUGACCCAUGAAGAAGCAGUGGCCAUAUUGAAGAACACGUCAGAUGUGGUAUACCUAAAGGUUGGGAAACCCACUAGUGUCUAUCUCUCAGACCCCUAUGGACCGCCUGAUAUCACACACUCAUUCUCACCCGCUAUGGAAAAUCAUAUCUCUUCCCCUGGUAAUAACGGCACUCUGGAAUAUAAGUCCAGUCUUCCGCCCAUCUCCCCCGGCCGAUAUUCCCCCCUGCCCAAGCACUUGCUGGGGGAAGAGGACAUUAACAGGUUGGAUGGUUUUUCCUUCCUACGAAACCCCUCGUUAGAUGAGAUGGAAGGUCACAGGUUUGAUUCCCAGCACUUCCAGUUGAGGCCUCCAGAGCCAGUUUACAGCACUGUGAACAAACUGAGUGACCGCGCCCCCUCUCCCCGUCUCUACUCCCCCGUGGAGUUUGAUAAAAGCCCCAUGCACUCAAUCCCCCACUUCCCUCACUAUCACGUAGGCCUGCUCCCUGACUCAGAGAUCACCAGGGAGCCCAGGAAGAUCGUUCUGCACAAGGGCUCCACCGGACUGGGCUUCAACAUCGUAGGAGGAGAAGAUGGAGAAGGCAUUUUCGUCUCCUUCAUACUUGCAGGAGGGCCCGCAGACCUCAGCGGAGAGCUGCGGAGAGGAGACCAGAUCCUAUCCGUUAAUGGAAUUGAUCUGCGAGGUGCCACUCACGAACAAGCUGCAGCUGCGCUGAAAGGAGCAGGCCAGACGGUAACCAUCAUCGCCCAAUACCGGCCCGAGGAACUUGCCCUGUGCUCCCCACGCCGGGCCCCGCCUCCAACUGCAGAAUACGGGCGUUUCGAGGCCAAGAUUCAUGACUUACGAGAGCAGAUGAUGAACCACAGCAUGAGUUCUGGAUCCGGAUCCCUCAGAACCAAUCAAAAACGCUCACUCUAUGUCAGGGCUCUGUUUGACUAUGAGAGGGCAAAGGAUAGUGGUCUGCCCAGUCAAGGGCUCAGUUUCCGAUAUGGAGACAUCCUCCAUGUCAUCAAUGCAUCUGAUGAUGAGUGGUGGCAGGCCAGGAGAGUGACGCCUGAAGGGGACAGUGAGGAGAUGGGCGUCAUCCCCAGCAAAAGGAGGGUGGAGAGAAAAGAGAGAGCUCGUCUGAAGACAGUUAAAUUCAACGCAAAACCCGGUAGCCUCGAUUCUAAAGGGUCAUUCAGUGAAAAACGUAGAAAGAACUUCAUCUUUUCACGCAAGUUCCCUUUCUACAAGAACAAGGACGCCGAUGAGCAAGACGGCAGUGACUCGGAAAGGAGUCAAGAGGAACUGAUCCUCUCGUAUGAACCCGUCAUCAGACAAGAGAUUCAUUAUGCCAGACCGGUUAUAAUCUUGGGGCCCAUGAAGGACAGAAUCAACGAUGACCUCAUCUCUGAGUUCCCGGACAAGUUUGGGUCAUGUGUGCCACAUACUACCAGACCAAAGCGGGAUUAUGAAGUGGACGGGAGAGAUUAUCACUUUGUGACCUCACGAGAGCAGAUGGAGAAAGACAUCCAAGAGCACAAAUUCAUCGAGGCUGGACAGUACAAUGACAAUCUGUAUGGAACCAGUGUCCAGUCUGUCAAAUACGUGGCUGAGAGGGGAAAGCACUGCAUACUUGAUGUGUCUGGGAAUGCUAUAAAACGACUACAAGUAGCACAACUCUACCCCAUUGCCAUCUUUAUAAAGCCUAGAUCUAUCGAGUCCUUAAUGGAGAUGAAUAAGAGGUUGACGGAGGAACAGGCCAAAAAGACGUACGACCGUGCCAUGAAACUAGAGCAGGAGUUCGGCGAGUACUUCACAGCGCUGGUUCAAGGGGACACACUAGAGGACAUUUAUAACCAGUGUAAGAUGGUGAUAGAGGAACAGUCUGGACCUUACAUCUGGAUUCCCUCAAAAGAAAAACUAUAAAAAAAAUCACCUUACCCUGGCAGGGACCUUGGACUGGGAAAAACACACAUAGGAAUAAUUUGUAAUAUAAUAUAAAUUAUUAUUAUGGCAAUGUUUAUUGUUAACUCUUACAGUGAUUUUUUUUUUUCUCCGUUUGUUUGUUUGUUUGUUUUACGUUGCAUUUUUCACUUUCAAUAUGAAUGUUCCUGAAUGUACACCACAAAGUGUUAGAAGCAUUUUUGGUCUCAACAAAAAAGUGGACUCUUUGUUUGUAUAUUUAUUGGUUAGCUUUUUAAUUUAAGGAAAAAAAGAAACAAAAUUUAGCGCUGAGUAUUCUUCUUCAAACAAUCUUCGGUUGGGAUUUCGAGCAGAAGGUCAAAGUAGGUCAGAUCAUCACAGAUGAUUUCCACACACCAUCAUCACCUCCAAGAAGAAAAAAAAAACCCUAUGUUGAUAUCAGCUUUCUUCACUUUUCACCCAAUCAGUUGGUUUCACACCUCCCAGACUCAUUUCACAAACUCAGCAUCUAUGCACUCCUGUGGCUAACAACACACACAUUGACUGUGUUAUUUUUGUUGUAUUAUUUUAUUUUGUACAGACAUCCACUUGGUUGGAAAAUUUAGUUCCAUUUGUACAUUAUUUCAGAAAAGAAUCUUGUGGGUUUUAAGAUGCUUUAGUGUAAAUGGAUAAGCGGAUUCGACUAGCUGUAGGAAAUAUGACACUAUAUUUUGCUAUUUAUAUUGAGAGAGAACACAACAGCACAGAAAUUAUUUAUAAAGAUGAUAUAUAUAACGUUGUCUAAAAAUCAUUUUGGAAAAGAGAUUUUACUGGUACUGGUGUAUCAUAAUGUGUCGUUGCUGUUGUGUCGGUGAGAAUGAAAGGUAAUGAGUGCUUGUUUUCCCUGAACAAAACUCCGUUAUCCGUCCAGUUCCGGAAUCCGCUCAUUCUAAACCGACUGUGAGUUCUGAAAUUCUUGGAACUCGAAUUUAAUUGGCUGAGGAUUCUACUGAAUGUGAAUUGAGUGCGUUUCAGCUUUGUUCAGUUAACAGGAAGGAGCCUGAUGUUUGUGAAUCAUUCGUUAAAGAGUUGUUUGGCCUCCCUAAAGCACCCUCUAAGUGUUUACAGUACCUCAACUACAGAGAGAAAUGAGGGCAAAAGGGACUAGGUCUGCAAACGGUCCUGUGUUAAAAGCUUUUACGUAAAUGUAGUGGAUCAUUUAGUUUGUUUUUUUUUUCUUUACAUUUUGGCAUGCUUUACACUUGUGAACAUGACCUUGGCUUCCUGUCCACACAUUCAUGCUGCAUACCUUUGUCAUUGUGCCCUUUCCAUGUAUAGAUGAGAGAUAUUCCCGUCCUUCUACAUUAAUAGUAAAGCUCUCGCCAUUCGUGGAAACUACAAAUGCCAAAAGCCAUUAACUCUGCUCACUCGUUUCGAAUGCGGGGGGAAUUAUUUGUUGCAAUAUGUAUUUGGGAGAUGAUACAGCACGGUUCUGUGGCAAGAGUCUUUUGACCUACUGGUCACCACUUGCCUUAAAAAAAGGGAAGAGGCUUUUCGGGCCAGAUAGACAUUUUUUACGCUUUCUUGAAGACUGAGCACUUUUGUAUAUUUGAGAACUUAUUCACAGAUUGUGUUCAACCAGAUGGUGGACACAGAGGGGGAUUUUUCAGAAGAGAGAGACUGAAUAUCACAGCGAAGCUCUUAAUGGUGUAAUAUGAAAUUUCUUUGAAUAACAAUAGAUAAUGUAUAUGUUAUUAUGACAAUGUAAACCAUGGAUGGCAUCAGUGACUAUCAGAAUAUAAAUUGAACAUUUUAAAUGCUGUGAAAUUAUUUUCUUCUCUUCUACAGGUGUAGUUUUUCUCCUUAUUCAAUGUGAUUGUUCUAUCAUCUGUAGCAUAUCAUUUUAUUAAUUUAGUAAUGUACACAAUGGAUCAUGAAAGCAUCUCACAGGAUUUUAGGUACCCUUUAUGUUAAAAAUAUUUGCAUUUAAAUCUAUUGGUAUUAUUAGGUAAUCUAAAGUGAAUCUCAAAUACUGAUGCUGUAGCUUUAAGGAAAAUCUAAACCCUGCAGAUUGUAUGCACUUGUAUGAGGCUCUUCAGAGUUUUAUGGUGCUCAUAGUCUGAUUUGGUCCAUUAAUUCCAAGUGAAUGUUCAGCUUAGUCAAACGUGCUGAAAUGGGGUUGUUUUUGUCUCAGGGUUGCCAGAUAGGGCUUAAUCACUGAUAUUAAACCUUCAAAUCAGAGUGCAUCUGUUUAUCACAGAAAUCUCAAAUGUUUUAUUCCUGAUACCUGCAUUGCAUUUAGUCUAUUCCUUUUUUUCUGGAGCGUCUGUGUCUGACGAGUUUGCUUUGUGAUUUAUUUGUCCCCAAACGAGCGAUGCAAAUUAUUUUCCACACAUUGUUUUUUUUUUUUCUGAAUCCCAAAUGACGUGCAAUUUUGUAUAUAAAUAUCUGUUUGCACUUAUUGUAGUUGUAUAGGAGAUCUUUAAUUAACACUGUCCCCCAAACCUCUCUGUUUUUUCUAUUUAUAUCACAGGAGAUUAAAGUUAAAUUAUUAAACAUUUA